AUGGAGAUCGAGAGCGAUGCAACGAGUGCUUCCCCGGAGCGCCUCGAUCAGCUACUCGGCGGAUGUUUCGCAGUUUCGCCCUGGGUGGACGAUGACGAUGAUGGGCUCAGGCAAGAGGGAGGCGGUGAGUCUUCGCCUGUUCGCAGCACCUGCGACAGCGACGGAUCUCCGAAGGUUGACAAAUGCCAAGGGGGCCCAGCGCGCCAAAGGUGGAAGCGCAGCUGCAGCAGGUGGAAAGUGGCCGGGAUAUCCACAAGAGCCGAAAGCAAGGCUGAAGUUGAAGAAAAGCAGGCGGAAAUUCCACACAAGCAGCAGGCCCUGUCGGCAUCGCGGAGGGCGGGUGGAGGUUCGUUUGUCGACAAAAUGCUUCCGAGAAGUGGCGCCGCAAUUGGCAUGGAAGUUGUUCCGUAG